GUAAAGAGAACAGGAAAUUUCCAAUUAUGUUGUAUAUCCAAAUACUGUUAAACCGGUCCCUAUCUAAUCGUUCUAAUUAUUGACCUCUUCAAGAUUUACAUCCUCUUAAACCUCAAUCAAAUAUCUCAUUAUCUACUCUUCACAAAAUCAUACAUAGUUUUAUUCACAAUUAAUUCAUCAAGAAAAUGUAUUUUCCUUUACUAAGAUCGAACGACAAUGACGAAUCCUUUCACAUUCGAUCAACUCAUCGACACAGUUUUCGUCACGCUAUUCAUGUUUUCCAGAGAGCAAGCAAUCGAACAGGGUUAAUGAUGCGUGAGCCAUCUGAUCAACAUGAUGACCAGCAAAGCAACUGGGCUUAUUCAAAACCUGUUGUGAUAAUUGAUGUUGUAUGGUAUUUUAUGUACGUGAUUGCUGCCAUCUUGGUUUUGGUGCUGAGUAGAAAUGAAAACCCCGAAAUGCCUUUACGUGUUUGGAUUGUUGGGUAUUCUUUGCUGUGUUUGCUUCAUGUUGUUUGUGUUUUGUUGGAGUAUAAGAGGAGAGGAUAUGGCCGAUCGUCGUUUGCUGGAGAGGGGUUUGGGAACUCUAAUGAGGGUUCUAGUAGUUAUGUUACUCUGGCUGAAUUAACCCCUGAAAGAACAAGUAACCUGACUAAGUAUAUGGAUUCUGCAAAUUCGAUGUUAUCAUUCUUCUGGUGGAUCAUUGGAUUUUAUUGGGUAUGUACUGGUGGGCAGCGAAUGGUGGAAGAAUCUCCUCAAUUAUACUGGCUUUGCAUUGUUUUCUUGGCUUUUGAUGUAUUCUUUGUGGUCUUUUUACUUGUGAUGGCUUGUGUUAUUGGUAUCGGACUUUGCUGUUGCCUUCCAUGUAUUAUUGCUGUUAUGUACGCUGUAUCUGAUAAGACAGGAGCUGACAAAGAAGAUAUUGAACAACUGUCAAAAUACACAUUCCGACACAAUGGUUGUACUGAGAAUUGUACUGGUGAGGUCCAAGGAACAUUUGGUGGAUUCAUGACCCUGUGUGGGAGAGAUACACCAACAGAGCAUGAGCGUGCACUUUCCAUAGAUGAUGCUGGAUGUUCCAUAUGUCUGUCUACUUAUGAUGACGGAGAUGAACUUCGUGAACUUCCCUGUGGUCACUUUUUUCACUGCACUUGUAUCGAUAAAUGGCUAUAUAUGAGCGCAACCUGUCCCCUUUGCAAGCGCAGCAUCAUUGGCACCAGCAGUUGCUGCGGAGAAGUUUAGAAGAGGGUUAUUGAAAAGACUGCAGGUGUUUGUUGCUAGUUCUUACGCGUGGUAUUCUUUUCUUAGACCACCAACCUUGGUUAUGUAUAUAGAACGCUUCAUAGCAUAUAUGCAGCUGCAGAUAAAUACACACACUUCCUAUGUUUCUCGGACUUUUCAUAAAUGUCGAUGGAUGCGUGUCAGAUCCUCCAAAAAUAGUUUAUUUUGAAGGAUACGACACGGUACGACAACAUAUUUGGAGAGUCCGUGCAACUUAGCACACUUCCCUAGGCUUCAUUUGUCUCUCUGGUUCAUAUUUAUAUUUAUUCCUUUAAUUUGUUUUUCUUUGUUAAUCGUCUAGUGUAUCUAGUAGAGCCAGAUAUUGUAUUGAAUAAAGUAACUAACAAUGGAUACAUCUAUUACCCCUUAUUCUCAGUCAGUCGUGAAAGACAGUAAACAUGCACAAAUAUCAAUAAGAAAGUUGAGAUACUGUUUGUUUUUGUUG